ACCUGCCCUGAACUGAGACCGAAACAGUAUGCGUUAAAUUUAGCUAGCCGUGUUCAGCGGACCGUUUCGUUAUAUCGGAAUGUUUUGUCGGCAGCGGUGACAGUGAUUCGUCAACUGGGUCACAGCCGUUCACAAGAUAAACAGGAUAUUUAAGUGUUAGUCAUUCGCGACUGGUAGACUGGUAGAAAACGUUAUUGAGGUCACAACCAUACCUUUUUACGAUAGCUGCGAUAUGUCACGGGGGAAGGGGAGAUACGAGUCGUAUGGACUACUGCUAUGGAUACCAUUACACGGCUCGCAAAGAUCGACGUCUGCCUAAAUUCUGAUGGGAAUAGCUGGCUUGAAAUAUACCGAGAAAACGAAAUAAGGGUAGACCAGAUUUAAUUUCCUACAAGACUAGACUGUGAUGUAUAGUUACAGUGGAGAAUCUGCCAGUCAGAUGGAUGCUCACUACCUGGAUUCCCACAUCGCUGAACGCCUGGCCUCAAUCGCGAUCCCGGGAUCUCUGCAUCACUCAGGAAAACAGGUGGCAUUUCCAAUGACAGGACAACACAUGACGGCAGCUGGAGUAACAACAGCAGCUGCAGCAUGCAGAAUGAAACAACAACAACAACAGCAGCAGCACCAACAACAGCAACAGCAUCAACAGCACCACCAGCAUCACUUUCCAGGAUACGGCAACUCUCAAGGAAGUCUGUCAUCCGUGCAUCCGACUGUCGCUGCGUCCAUGAUGGAAACCGUGAGUCCUCCACAGAGGCUGGUUGCCGGCGGCAUCGGCCAGAAUGUCUUGAUGCAUUCUAAACCACUGCACAGACUUGCGGCAGGCGGCGGUGGGCAGAUGAUUCACAGUUCAGCAUCGCAGAGGUCGGCCGGAGUGGCAGCGAUGAGUCCCCAUUACUCUUCAGCAGCAUCCCAGAUCCUCCACGCUGGAGGCAUCAGCCAAGGAAUUCCCACCCACUCCUCGGCUUCGCAGCAGAGAGCAGACCCUAGUGGUGUGAACCACAGGUUGAAUGCCCUGUCGGCACGUUCUCAGAUGAUGCACAGUUCGAACAGUGUGUAUGGAAUACCUUCCUCGGGGGCAUUCCCCAAACAGUACCACCAGCAGCAGCAGCAGCAUCAAGGGCAGCUGAUGCACAGUGCCAGUGCAUCAAGUCAUAGUGAUUCGGUGGCAUCAUUUUCAAAUACGUCCUUGUCAAGCAUGCGAGGGACUCACACUGGAUCUAUACAGACGGGAUAUCCCAAGACUGUGGUUAGUCAGAGUGGCGUUAAAAUUCCUCAUAAUAAUGAUACAUAUACUCAGGUUGGAAAAAUUAAUGCAGGUCUUGUUGUGUCACCUGCAGUACCUUCUUCCGGGCGGGGGAGUCCUCCGCCUCACAGUUACGUGCGAAGUGCACACAAUGCGAGCAGUCUUCAGGCAGGUCCUUUACGAAUGUCUAGAGAAGAGAGUGCAAUGCUCACAGAAGGUGCUAUGUGUAGGUCGAAAAGUUACACUUCAAUGCCAUCAGAAAGUAGGUCAACUGAUGGUGUCAUUUACAAGAGCGCCUAUAAUAUUGGUAGAUCAAGUAGUGUCAGGACCUUACAGCAGUCCAGUUAUCCUUAUGCUGCCAAAGCAGCUGUUUAUCCAUCGGAAAAACUCUUGCUACCAUCGAGGAUGGUGACGAUGAAUGACUCUGUUGGACAGCGGGUGAAUAUACCAAUGUCUCUGAGUCCUAUCAGUCCGGCUGAGGAAGAUCCUCCAUCACCUCAUUUUGAAGUUUCCAUGGUUUCACCUUCCUCCGUUUCCGGCGGCCACAUGAGAUUAAGUUCAUCCGACCGAUUGGCAGGUGUUGUGAAGUCUUCUACAACAGGUGCCGUGGCUCUGUCUCGCAGUCAGUAUGACAUUCUGCAUGCCGACAUGGCACAGGUAAGAGGUCGGACAGGCUCCAUUCAGAGUGGGUUUCCUUUGAGUCAGUGUGGUGGAUCGUUUCCGCGAGCUUACAGGACAGGUGCUGCAGGAGCUUCAGUGUCGGUCAAGGGAGGGUCUUCACAGCAGCAUGUUCCUGCAGAACUGACCUCACCAAUCCAUCAGUCUCCCAGUGUUAGUCCGUAUGCAUCAUCCAUGAUGUCCAUGAGAACGGAGACGCCAAAUCGGAAACAACAGAGUGACAAAGCGUACGUUGUUCAUCCUGAAGGAUCAGGAUCAGAAGCUGCUCCAAUAGAUCUUUCUGGUUUGGGAAAGAACAGCAGCUCUGCACUCGCGGUCGAGACUCCUCUUGAUCUCAGCGUUAAGACAGCAAAGCGACCUGCUGAAGCAUCUGAUCUGUCAGACCAGAGACCAAGCAGUGCCAAGCGACCGAGACAGAUGCUUCAUCCUCCAGCCCAUGAAUCUCCUGUUGGAUAUUCGAACGAGUUUGGCAAAAUGUUAUCUGUGUCUGGUGUUCAACCCAACUGUGAUAUGCGAUACUCAAAACAGAAGCAGCAGCAGCAACAGCAGCAGCAGCUGGUGUACAACAUGCAGCAAAAUAUUCAACAGGCUAACAGAAAGUCUGAUGUACGUCCCAAGCUGGAAUCAUCUGAGGACAGGACUUUGAAAGACGGCAGUGGAUUGUGUAAUAUAAAGCUUAAAGCAGCUCAGGAUGUGAACAUGAUGAAGACUCAUUCAGAUAUGAUUCAGGCAAUGUCUGCUGCCAGUUUUCAUCUCGCUCAUUCGAACAGGGCAGCUGAGCUCAAGCUGAGAAGUGAUUUGGUCGAGAAAGAAGCAUCUCAUCAGUGCUACAAGAUGGCUGCACAAGCCCCCCAGACAUUGCAGUCUAUGAUGGCUCAUAGUGCAGCAACAGGACAUGUUGUGAUGCCUAAUAAAGAAAUUCAUGCAUUAGCCACUGCACAGAAACCCCAUUUGAUCAAGUCUGAAGCUGUAGUAGGUAACACUUGUGAAAGAACUGGAGGCCCAGUGUCGCAGCACGGGACGUGGCCUAUGGGUGCUCAAGCUUUAUCAUAUCAGCAGCAUAUACUUUCUGACCCCAUAGACCCAUCCCUGCCCCCAAAAUUACAACUGAGCCCAGCACAAAAUUACAGCAGCAGCACAGAUUCUAAGUCUUUCGUGUACAAGUCGAUAAAGGAAGAAGAUGAACAACUCUCCAACAGUAUUCAGAGCGAGGAUAAGCAGAACAGUUUGCUGCUGUGUGGUAAAUCUGAAACAAGGACUCCUGACCUGUCGGCUGAAAGUGCGAAUGUGAAGGACAAGUUAUCUGAUUGUUCGGGGAUUCCAUCGUACGAGAUGAGGCUGCCUGUGGACAGCGGCCACAUUGUGAAUGUCUCCAAUACUCAGCUGAACAGCAUCUUAGUGCCCAAACAGUCUCCUGUUCCACCAGUCAAGGAAGCAGCUCCUCCUCUUACCAGCAGCAAAACAUGGCCCGCGUCCUCCAAGCCCAGGCUUCUGGAUAGCCUGCCAGUGAAGAUUGUCGAUCAGAGUUCAUCCGGUAGCUCGGACGUGUCGGAAACCGAGACCGAGACGGUAGCAGAAACCCCCGAAAAGGACAUUUUCAAAUUCACCCAGCCUCUUUCUAUUGCCAUUCCCAGCGGCAAGUCGGAUCAGCUGAGGAAGUCCGUCCAGCCGAUUCGGUGGUCUCGCAAGCAGAGGAUCCUCAAUCAGUUCAAUCAGGACGAGGAUAUGAAGAGAAAGGUUUUCGCAGCGCCUGUGUCGGGUGGCAUCCACAAAGUGAUGGACCACAUAUUCAAGAUGCCCAACAUCUCGCCAGCCAGUCCAUCGUCUCCCAAAAUGCCGACACUCAGUCCACACGAUAAGCAGCCUCUUCCAGAAAAUUCAUCCCUCAACAAUGAUCCCCCCACCCUUGACCUUCCCGACACACCGGACAAGAAGGCUGCUGCUAAUGCUAAAGCUGAAGGAAGAACGAUUGAUGGAAUCUCUUCUAAAGCAGGAGUUGGGAAGGAUAAAGGUGGUGUGCUUCAACGGUCUGGAACCGUCAGAGUUUCAAGUAUCGUGGCACCGAAAGAUGAUGUGAGCUGUGUUAAAAUCGGCGGUGAAGGCUAUACCAGACGGCAGUCUCUACCAGAUGGUCCACUCAGGUAUCAGAAAAAUAUACCUGUUGCAAACGUGGCUCCGUUUGUCCAUUCGGAAAAAGUCGAGACGCCCAGUGUUAAUCAGUCAACAGAUUCUCUGACACAGGAGCAAACGGCCGAUUCCGAAAUCAUAGAGCAGCUGGAAGAGAUCAAGGAUAUGGAGGAGGAGGAGUCCAUUGAGACUAAGCAAGAAGAUCCCAUCACUCCACCGCCAAAACAGAAAAAGUCCAACGCCAGUCUGACGUCUGCUGCGAAGAGAGUGGUGGAGAAGAAGAGAAACAAAAUGAGUGUCAGUAAAGCCACGCUGAGAGAUCUGAAGAGAACGGAAUCCCAGCUGAAGUCCGAACAGCUGAAGAAAGUGGUCAAGGAUGUGUCCAGUAAAAACGUGUCCAGUCCUGACAGUCGCCUAAAGAGACGGAUCCCCAAGCAGGAGCUGAAGGAAGAAAUGGUUGCAGCUGGUCGCUUUCGGAAGCAGAACAGCUCUCGAUUGAGAAAGUCCUCACGUGUCCACUUGCAGCUGCAGAGUCUGAAGAGGUCACUGGAUGUGAAGCCACGGUCGCUGGAUGUGAAGCGGAGGUCACUGGAUGUCAAGCAGAGGUCACUGAGACUCAGCCAGAUGAAGCAGCAGUCAGAAGGAGACGAUACGGUCGAAUCGGCGAGUGAUUCAGAGCCUCAUUGUGAUGGGAAGAAUUUACAGAAAUUGUUGCCCGACAGUCGACUUCUUAGCAAGGAACGAACGAUGCGGAAGGCUGUGAUUCAAGUUAACAGACUGGAGGACACUUUCGACGUCUCCUCACUGCAGUCGACAAACAAAUCCAUCAAGUCUGUGUCCAACCUCAACAAGAGAGCACAGGCAUUGAAGCAGCGAGCUAUCGACGGAUCCGGAAGAUGUGGGUCACAAAGAAGACAGUGUCGUCGGUUGAGUCAGUCCAGUCACACGAGUGAACUCCGACCGAAGGUUUGGGAAAUGACCACUCGCAAUAAAUUAGCAGGUCGUCGUCGUGUCUUGAAAUACAAUCGCAAUGAUGCUUACGAGAAAGAACUGAAGCGCGAUGAAUCCCGCAAAGCCAUCAACCGCACCAAACGAAGGGCAUGCCUGCGCGGCAAGACUCUCGCCACUGAAGACAAUCUCGUGGUGGCUAAAUUUGUCACCGAGGGUGACGACAGCGAUUCCGAGGGCCGGUGGGAGAUUAAGAAAUCACAGGACGACCUGCGACAGACUCUACGCAGCGGCAAGAACAAGGGCGGGCUCAUGAUGAAGCUCCACUGGCGGCACCCCGUGGGAACCGACCACAUGCCGCCCAUGGAGGACCAGUCCGAGAGGGACGAAAUGGUGGAGCCGCGCGGACUGAGGAAACGGCUGCUGAUGACGAAGAAACAGAUGAGAGCGAUGGCGAAGCGGCGGAGGAAUCGCUCAAUACAGGGACAGUUCUGUGACAAGGCGCAGCAGAGGGAGCAGUACCAGCAGUUCGCCACUGACUAUGAGAGUACGAUGGAUCAGGACCUGUGUAUGCUACUGCCACAGGAAGAUUAUGAAACUGACGUCACAUCCACUAAUGAGUUUGAUGGGUCACUCAAUCCAUCAAGCCUCAUUCCGGUUCCCCCAGAAUUCAAGAAACUCUCGAUUAAUAAGAACUCAGGAGAAACCAUGCUACACCGAGCGGCCAGGCUGGGAUACGUGGAUGUAGCCCUGUACUGUCUGCGGACGAGUGCGGUGGAUGUAAACGCCCGUGAUAAUGCUGGCUACACGCCGCUACACGAGAGCUGUGUCCGCGGGGACCUCAUUGUGGCUCGCGAACUCGUCACACACGGCGGAAACGUCAACUGCUGCUCGCAGGAUGGAAUACGACCGAUCCACGAUGCUGUUGAGAACGACCACAUUCAGAUUGUCCGUCUGCUUUUGUCAUGGGGAGCCGAUCCUCUGCUGGCAACAUAUGGCGGAAAGACCCCGCUGAAAAUAGCGAGAUCCAUCGCCAUGCUACAGCUGCUGCAAGGCUACCUGGGAGAUCUGAAUGGCUUUGAGCCUGACGAGGAUGGAACUGUGAAGGAAAUGUUCUGGGAGUUCCAAGGAUCUUCUGACUUUCUUGAUCCUACAGUGAGCCAGGGAUUUGACGUGUUUGCCGACAUUCCGUCUGACCCGGAGGAUGAAGAUGACAGUGAACUGUUUGAGAUGUCCGAUUCGGCCUUGAUGAGUUCAUACGACCUGCCUCUCGACAUCUCACAGACUCCUGAGAGGUGCUUUGCUGUGGUGGACGUCCUAGAUAACAUGAAGAUAACACGGCCAGAGUUCGACAGGCUGCACGGAGCCGAGGACUCCACUCUAAAACUUUCCACUGAAUUCUUCAUCCAGACCCUGACCACAUGCGCUGUUCAGAUACCGAAAAUAAAGACUUCAUUCAUCGAGCUGAUCACUCUGGAAGACCUCAACAAUCUAGGAUCAACGUCUCACAAAACAAACAGAAAAAUCCAACCCCAGUUGUCGACAACUCAUUGCGAGAUGAAGACGACAACGACAAAUUUACAUCAGGAACAUUCCAGUGGUGAUGCUUUCAAAGAAAACGACAGCCAACAGUGGCAGUCCAAAAACCACAGUUCUGAAAAUGUUAAGAAAUUCAGAAUGUUGUCUUUGGAAAGCAGAACAAAAAAUACUACUGGAAAGAAUGUGAAACGAUUUGCGUCCAGUUUUCAGAGACGGAGUCUGGAUAGGUCUGUAUCGAAGACUGUGACGUCCACUGCUGGUGGUGGAUUGUCGAAAGAGAAAUUGGAGUCGGAGGGAAGUAUAGGUGCACCUGGUGAUAGGAAAGGAGGAGGAGGAAAACAAACAAGUGUUAGUGAUAAGUCGAAAAGUGCUUUAGGUUGUGAGAAAAUGGCUUGUGACAAAUGGAAGCUGGGCAAAAAGGACUGCCUGCAGAAGAAACCAAAGAAACACCGAAUCAGAAAGGACAAGUGCAUUUCAAAAUGGCUCAUCCGCAAACGGAAUUCUUCUCAGAAGAAGAAAAAAUAUGCCAAACAGAAACUACUUUCACAGUUGACACAAGAAGUGGCAGAUGUUAACGACAACAUCGUUUGCAGCACAGAAGGGCAGCAUUGUUCAGAAAAAUCCUGUAAAAUUUCGUUAGCGAAACACGAAAACUUAGUGGAUGCGACCUCAUCUUCUGGCAGCAGGUCGCAUCCGCCCUCGGAUACGCUUUCGAGUCUGCGGAGUGUUUCAAAAAAUGUGUCUACAAAAUCUCUCAACUUGUCAAAGAUUGGGAAAAUCAGUGCUGCUCCAACUGGUGCUCAAGGGAAGACCUGUGCUACAUCAGGUGGUGGUCAGGGCAGAUCCUGUGUUAGUCUUGGGAGUGCCCAGGGAAAGGCUUGUUCUGCUGCCCAGGGAAAGGCUUGUUCUGCUGCCCAGGGAAAGGCUUGUUCUGCUGCCCAGGGAAAGGCUUGUUCUGCUGCCCAGGGAAAGGCUUGUGCUGCCCAGGGAAAGGCUUGUGCUGCCCAGAGUAGUAUUCAGGGUAAGCCCUGUGCCAUCUCAAGUGGUGCCCAAGGCAAGGAUUGUUCUUCCCCAGGUGAUGUCGAGGACAGUUCUUGUGCUACUAAUACCCAUUGCAGUGCUCGCGUGAAGGACACAUCUGCCAUAGCGGGGGGGUCUCACUGUAAAGGCUCCACAUCUUCAAAUUCUUCUCAUGGCAGGAUCUCCACCACUACUACAGACAAUAAUUCACGGGAAAAGACCAAUCCUCCUCCUGCGGGAGCGUCACAAGGGAAGACCAAUUCUUGCCUGGGUGAUGGUCAAGGGAAGGCCUGUCCCACCCCAAGUGGGUCUCAGUGGAAGACGUGCGUUGUCGCAGAAAAUGUUCGGGAUGGUGCGGGUUCGUCCAAAGUCAAAAUGACUCUUCCUUCGAAGUGCGAACAGAUGCUGAGACCGAAUAUUUAUUCAUUCGAGGAAGAUGAUGAUCCUGACUGUGAUUCGGUGAAGAUGCCUCGAACCAAGCGUGACCAGGAGAUUAAGAAACAGAGCGAGCAGCUGUACUGUUUUGAUGACGACUCGGCAGAUGAACAAAUAACGUUCCGUAAGGUGGACUACAAACAUGUGCAGAAAGCAUUCAAGUCAAACUCUAGUAUUACCUCCACAAAACUCUACAGUCAGAGCUCGCUGAAGAAAGGCGAGCAUCGGGACGCCCAGAAACGAAACAAUAAUACGUAGCUUUGUGAUAAAUAUAGUUUUGUGAUGAUCGACUUGUCAUUAUCCAUGUCCCAUUGUGCCAUCAUUGGUCCUAACUGUCAUCCAUGUUGUUUUAUAUUAUCAUUUUGUUUAUAUAAUCAAACACUGAAUGAAAUUUAUUUGUGGCUGUCCGACUAAAUUUGAUUGUUGUGGUAUUCUUUAGAGUUUUGUUAAUAUUACACAGUUUGUGAUAUAUUCUAUAUAACAUAUUACCUGUGUAUUUGUGUUAGGACAGUUUUGUGUUAUUUUGUAAUACUUAUCCUAAUCUCUAUUAUAAUAGCAGUUUUCUGUUUAAUGGGAUCAAGAUCAGGUGACAAGAUGGUUGAUCCAUCACUGCCUUGGGAAGGUUAUCCAGACGUUUGUUUUUUGAGGGGCAUAAGCAUGAAUUCCCAUGUUUAACUCCCAUUAAUUUAAUUUGAUGGGUAUAACACGCUCUGGCUCUACUUUGAAAACCACCCACAAAAUUGUUCAAUUUAACCUUUUUAAUUUUGAAACGAUAAAAACAACUUCCUUACACAUGCAGGUCAUAAAUAAAUAUCUCUUAACACAUUUUAUUAUGUUUAGGGGUGUUAUUUCUCUCCGAUCUUAGUGAGUACAAUAUUCCCCUCCUAAACAUUUUCAUGAGUAUUAUUUUUAUGCCUCGGUUUUUUAAAACAUUAAUGUCUGUUUUACCUCAUUUUCAUUGGCUGUUGAGAAUUUUGUUAUGAUCCCAUUAUAAAAACUGCACUAUUUUAGUUGUCAGGCCAAGUAUUCCUACUUAACAGAAUGAAUAUCCCAAGCUUUAUUCAUUUUGCUUUACUCCAAUGAAAUGAACAGUUGUUGAUCAGAAAAUGGUGAUAUUGUUACUGUGUUAGUUUAUUCAGAGAUCUCAUACCAGUUUAAAUGUCUGACUGAAAAUUGCAGUCACAAAUAGUUUGUAUUAAAAAGAUCCCAAUGAAUUGAUGUACAUGUAUAACUAAAAUAAGCUCAAACCCAUAAUAAAUUUUAUUUCACAUGAGAAAUUUAAAGGGUUUUUUUUAUGAUUUUAGCAUCACCCCCAAAUGUUUUCUUGUUCUUGUCUUGAAUGCAAAAACUUUUGGUACCUUCCUGCUAUUUAAGAUUGUCAAAUUUUAAGCAAUUAUUUUUUUAUCAAGGGUUCUUUUCUUCUCUCGUUUUUCAGGCACGUGUGGGUUAAAACCCCAGAUGCUCGAAACAUUUUUUAUUUCAUUUGUCAUGAUGAAUUUUACUUGUAGAAUGCACCCUACGUGGUUUCCUGCAUAUGCACUUUUUUUUUACAGUGUAAUAAAAAUAAAAUUAUAUGACAGAUUAUCAUGAAAUAUCACAUAGGGCCUAAUCUGUUAAAUAUCGCUCAUAAUAGAGAAAUAAAGACAACGGUAGGCACAGCUGUUUUGACAUUGUUAAUUAAUAUCAUAAAUCCUAACUUUCAGGGUUUUAAGAGUUAUUUCCCUUAGAUUCGCAACUAAUAUCACUUCAGUGCAGUGACAAGGUUUAUUUAUAGGCCUUCCUGUAUGGAAUGCCAUUUUUUCAUACUAUGAAACUUACUACAUAUUAUUUAUUUCUGAGGCGAUUGUUUUCUAAAUUGUACACAAAAAAUAGGAUGUUUUUAUUGUUUUCAAAACACUUUUACUUUUCUUUUUAGGUCAAACUAAACUGAAAUUAUUUACAAAAAAAACAUUUUCAUAGGAGGAUGGGACGGACUAUAGUUACUGAUAUAUGAAAGGCGUCUUGUGAUGUUUACCAUAAGUCAACAGAUUUAUGUCAAGAUUAAGAGAAAUUAUAAAUAGGUGUUGGACGUGUCAAGUCUUCCUUUAUUACCUCAAAGGAUCCAUUUAUCUAGUUAACGUGUUAACAUUUUUAUCAAAAAAAGUUUUUUUUUUUUUUUUUUUUGAAAUUGAUGUUCAUCAAAUAUUGGAUUUAGUACAUCUGUAUUUUUCAAACGUUAUCACUCAAAGUAACCGACAUGUUAAAAUUCUGAAUAAAGUUAUGGUAUACAUUUUUUCCAGUAGAAUCUUAACUUUGCAAAUAAAGAUGUUAUACAAGUACAGGUAUGUCAGUUAAUAUGAAUUACUGAGAAAGAACUAAUAAUAAUGUACAGUAUGCAAAAAAGUAACAGAGAAAAAUGAUGUUUGUCAAAUUAUAACUUUGUUGACAAUUUGUUUUAAUUAAUUAUUGUGCCAGAUUUGACUUCUGUUUUAAAAGUGUAGGCUUACAUUUAUUUACUUAUUCUGUGAAACAAAUCAAUGUGCAUUAGUGGUGUCAUUAAAAAUAAUAAUAAUAAAAAUAACAAUUAUUAUUAUUAUUCUGUGAAACAGCAGAAGACAAUAUUCUAAAUUUUACAUGCCAUUGUGAAAAUAUGAAUUAUAAAUGUCAAAAAGCCCCCCCCCCCCCCCUAAAAAAAACACCACCCAACAAACUGGCACAAUAUGUUAGAAGUGUGUAUUUUCUCAAAUUAAUUUUUAGAAUGCAGUUCUUUUCUUAAAGUAUAAAUACACUGGCAAUGUCAGAAUUGACAAAUAGCAAACGCUGCAUCAUAUAAAUAUUCAUUAUUAUUUCAAAUGAUAGCUUUAUGAGUUGUAUACUAAAUUUAAUAUUUGUUGAACAUGAAAAAUAAAAAUUAUUAACUCUAUUUCAAGUGAUAGCUUUAUGAGCUGUAUGCUAAAUUUAAUAUUUGUUGAACAAUAUUUGUGAUAGUUUCCAAUAAAAAAUUUUUUUAGUUUCAAUGAAAGAAAAACAUUUGUGUCUGUGAUUAAUAAAAUUAACAGAUAUGUUUUUAUAUAUAUUUGUGACAUAUAAUUGUUAGUAUUAAUUCAAAUUUGUUACUUAUGGUUUAAUUUUAUAUUAAACAUUUAUUUGUUAAUAGAAGUUUAGUAUACUCAACAAAAUUAAUUAAGUGCUAGUAGACGUUUUGGUCAAUAUUUGCUAGUGUUAGAUUAUAUUAGCAAGUUUUGCUCACAGAUAAUUUCGAAACAUUGUUUGAGUAAAUUCUGACUGGUGAUGGUGUACAAAUUGUGUAUGCUGUGUUUGUUUUUUAAAUUUUAGAUUAUAAAGACAAAUGCCUAAACUCGGGGCUCAUCCUGUACAGUGACAAAUUAGCCAGUUGCUAAUAUUUAUACAAAAUGGCUACAAAAUUUUGUCAUUGGCUAAUAAAAUAUUCCUCAAAUUAACCACAUUUUAAUAAAUUUCAAGGAAAUACUCUUUAAUUUUAGAAAAUUGGCUAAACAAAAUUUUUUUCCAGUGUGAGUUUAACUAUCUACUGGAUCUUAACUACUAUUGUUGAGUAUAUUUACUGUUCGUUAUACAAUUAUAUUAUGGUUUUAAUGUACUGUACUUAAUUCUCAACAUAUUCUUGAAUUUUAUUCGGAAUGAAGAAUAUACAGAGAUUUGGACAUGAAUGAAUUUUUUCCCAAUGUUUCUUUACGCUAUUUUUAAUAUAGUGCUGGACAUUAUAUAUAUAUAUAUAGUAUAUAUAUAUAUAUAUAUAUUACACAUACAAUUUACAAAGACACAAAAUAAGUCUCUGACUAUUGUCAAGGUUCUGCAUUGUUUUAUUGCAGUUGCACUUUUGUGUGUAGUAAAACAUCCCAUGCAGGAGCAGGAGGUAGCUUUGUGGUAGAGAACCCAUCCGAUGAUGUGGUAGGUGCUGUCCUGUGUCAGCUAUGUUCAUGCAACAUGUGUAGUCAUGGUGAUUUUUUUCUCUCUCCAAUCACUGCAGUGGUCGAAAUAUUGCAUUUCAGUCCUGACCUGUUUUUUUGGUCCCGAAGAUUGUUCUGCCUGCCUUCCUGUUGAUUUGCAGUUAUUUGCAUUUAUAUUCAUGCAUAUGUUUGUUUCUUUUAUUUUGUUAACGGUUAUAAUACACAAUCAUGUUUGGUCCAGCAGGGUUUGAUUCAGGCUGCAGAAUUUGUAGUUUGCUGGACUUAAUGUUUCAGCCAAUUUCGACCCAGUAUGGUGUUCACAGAGAGAGAGAGAGAGAGAGAGAGAGAGAGAGAGAGAGAGAGAGAGAGAGAGAGAGAGAGAGAGAGAGA